UUGAAUUGCGCAACUAUACAGAGGAUGUCAAAACGCCGCGCCAUACCCGAUGGACUUUUGCACCCAACCGGCCUUCAAAACACAAGGAAAUAAAAAUGCAACAUCGGAAACAAGGAAAAAAUCGUGAUGCAAGUGUCCAAAUCAAGUCUCAUCUCGUCACUGUUCGCGCGCUCCAAAAAGCAAGUGUGUGUUGUUGGAAACAAGACAGCGUAUAUUGACAAAUGCGUACAUCUUCUCCUCCCUAUAUCUUAAACAUGGCAAAAUACACUUUGUACACACCGCCCGGCCAUCUGCUCCUGGCCAUAGACACGAACAACAUAGCAAAGAAAUGGAUCAAGGGACCCUUCGUGCUCAAGGCACGUUACAGACGGCCGUUUAGCUCAUGCUAA